CGAGAAGAACAUCCAUGUCAUUCGCCAGGUGGUGACGAAUGACAUUAGCAGCACCAAAGAUCCCCGACGAGAUCGUGAGCUACAUCUACGAGCACAAUCUAUACCGGGACCUUGAGCAAUCAAAUGACGGCGACAAGGGCAAAUCAAGACAAGAGGCGGUCGCCAGCUCAAGCAAGGGCUGAGUCGCCCCAUCCAGACGUACAUGAAGACUUACAACACACUGGCGUCAAUUGCUGCGCGAAACAAAGAAAAAACACGCGCCAUAAACUCGUGCGCGCGCUCACACGCACAGGAGCAGCGCUCACUUUGCUCCCCAGUCGGCUACAACCUAAAAGGCUUUUUCUUGGAUCCUCACAUCAGUUUAUCACCUGCACAGCUGGCAGGCACUGUUGAUUUUCGGUGUCUUGGAGCUAUCUGGCGUUUUUGCAUUGCAUUUCUGGGGCCGACGGCCAUUCGAGAUGGGCGACGGGUAUCAUCAGCCAUGGACGAGUACGUACGUACAUGUGAUAAUGGACUGCUAGAGAGCGCAUACAGAGCGGUUGCGAGGCGCACUUGGCCUCUGCCACGUCCGGGCCAGGACAGGUCUGGCGUGAUGACUGUCAGCAGAAGGGGGAGACGACACAUGCUGGCAGGAGAGCAUCUAUACCAUUCAGAGCGUUGGGUAAUGGGUAGCGUUGCUUGGAAGACAAAACGAGCAUUGACUCGUGCGAGUAGAGCUUGCAGAAAGAAGAUUUCCCGAGCGUAUAUAGUGAUCAACGACAAUGACUUUAUGAGAACCUGCCCGCAGUGGGCGUUCACCCCUUCUUCCUACAAUUUAGCCGCAUUUCUGGACUAAGUAGUAAAUGCAAGGCGGGUGAUCUCGCAAGAUUCUAGACUUGGCAGUGGCAUGCGGUCAACCAUGUACGUAGCACGUGCUGCUCCUGGCCACGUGCUUGGAUUAACAUUAAGUUAAGAAAACAAUAUCGAUUGAGUAAUAAAUA